AAAACUUGCCCGGGUAUAAACAGUAACACACGUGUUUCGCAGUUGUUCUUCGGUUUUAUUUAAAUUAAUCUAAAUUUGCUUGUUUUUUUUAUAUAUAAUUAUCUUUCCAAGAAUGACGACAAGCCUAGCAGCGCAGCUGCAGCGUUUGGCGGCCCCGCAAACAUCGCUGCUCUACGACAGCCGCAAAAAGCCGUCCAUCCUAUUCGAGGCCGGGAAAGCUGCCUCGAAGGAUCGGGAAGUAAUCUACGACAUCGGCGUCAGCGGGCUCGAAGAGCUGAUCCAGCUGAAUCCCAGCUUCGCCCAGUUCGAAGACACGCUGUUCGACAAAACCUCGAUCGAUUUGCAGCGCUCGGUGGAGAAUCAGGAAAUCAAUCGCAAGUUGGAUGCGAACAUACGGAAGUUCUUUUUUCAUUUGUCCCCGUACUUUAUGCUGCAACCGGCGCACAAGUGCUUGGAGUGGUUGAUUCGGCGCUUUCAUAUUCAUGAGUUUAACCGGGAGGAUUUCGUUAAUCUUAUUUUGCCCUAUCACGAGACGCUGAUUUUUGUGCGCUGCGUUCAAACACUGCAUAUUUCCGGCAGCAAUGAUCCGUUCUAUUGGCUGCAGGGUGUCAAGAAGAGUGGCGUGCCGAUCUCGAAGAAAGCUAUCGUCAAUCACGCUAAGGGAUCGUUUGGAUUUUUGAGGAACUUCGGUCAGUUUCUGGAGGGUGCCAUUAAAGAGCUGGAUUUUAAGGCGAAUAUUCUGCAGUCUAUGAUUGCGUUUUAUUGCACCACAACCAUUGGUGUGUUGGAAGCGCUAGACUCUGUUGGAGAGCAAUUCGUAACGGCGGUCAUUAAAACACUGGUGAAGGGACUCAGCUCGAAAUCGAUCGAUUUCACCGCCGCCAGUUACAUGGUUAUUGGAUAUAUGAUUACGAAGACCAGUUUGAGAGGUAAAUCGUUGGAGAUUAUUUUGAACAGGGUGUGCGGUUUGAUGCAUCCAGCGCUGGCGGUGAAUGCCGCCAUGCUGAUUGUGCUGAUUUUCCAAACACAACACGAGCAAAUCGGGGAACUUUCUGAGCAGUUGAUUGGGGUGAUAAUGGGUUCGAGGUGGCUACCGGCUGCGUUGUCUGUGACGCAGAAAAACGGAGUGGAUAUAGUGGUGCUGAUGAAGGCCGUUUUGGGGAAAUGCUUGAAGAAAAUCUGCCGGCAGGAUGCGGAGCUGGAGGCUUGCAAGAAGUUUUGUGAGGGAUUGCUGCUCGAGAUAACGCUCACCCAGGAGGAGUCGGAAGUUAUCAUUCAAUGUGUUUUGGAUACAUAUUUUCACAAGAAUCCGGCGGCGGCUGUUGCUAAGACAAAGUCCACCGAUGGGAACACCUCUGAGGUGAUCAGUUUGGAUUCGGACGAGGAGGACUUCGAGCGGAAGGAUGACGUCGUCACGCUUUGGUAUUCGGAUUUUCUGAAGCGGUUGGAGAACCAGUACCCGAACGGGUUCGACGGCGUGGUCAAGCGGAUUAUGAAGGGUCAGGAUAGUUUCUCACAGAACAAGCGGAAUGCGCUGCGGAACGUUCUCAGCUUUCUGAUGCAGGCCUCGUACAGCGAGAACGAUACGAGUGUUUUUGAGAAUCUGUUCCAUUACGAUACGGACCGGAGGGCGAAUGCGGUGCAUUAUUUGGUGGAGAAUUUUGCGAGUAUCAGCUUGAAGGGGGAUGGCAGCUGCGAGCUGCUCAGGGAUAGCAUCAAGGAACGUUUGGAGGACAAUCAUCCGGAGGUUUUCGCAGAGGUUCUCAAGUUGGGGACGGCUGAAUUGGUGAAGUUGAUCGGGAAGGACGAGUUGAUAGCGAAGCUGGCGAAAGUCAGCUUGAAAUGUUUGCGCUAUCCAAAAAAGUGGGAGUCGGUCACCCUGAAACUGAUUGAUCUGUUGACAGAUAAAGAAGUCUACGGGGGAACAAAUUUGAACAAAAUUAUUAUUAUUCUGUAUCCGUUCCUGUUCCCAACGAAAGAAGACGACAAGCAGGGUGAGAUCGUCGCACAACACGUUCUGGGGACGGAAUUUGCCCGGAAGCACAACAUCACGAUGCUGGCGAUGCAAAAAAUGGAUAGCUUUGAUUGUGAAUCGAUUUUAAACACGCUGGAAGAGAUGUUCGGUGAUGGGGAAAAUCUUCACGCCAUUCAGGUGUGUUUCAAUGUGCUUCUCGUGGCUUCAUCGUUGCCGCAGACAGCCCCGCUUGAGCUCGCUUUGCGUGUUUUCGAUUUUGUAAUACGCUUGUUGGGGAGAACAUUCAAAUAUGCGCCUUCCUCGAGUCUGAGCAACUUGAGAUUCAAUCGGUUGCCGAUGGAUAUUCACGUUAUUGUGACCGGUUAUUUGAUUGAAAGGGUCGAAUUCGAUUCGCAAUACGUUGCUCCGGAUUUGUCUAACCAGUCCAAAUCGUUGAGCUUACAGUUGAAGAUGUUUACUUUGUUGGUGGAAAAGUACUUCGCUAUCGGACAGAAGAAUGAAGCCAUCAAGCAGGUGUAUGGAAGCGAGUUGAGUAAGUUUCUCAAGCAAGUUUAUCCACAGCCCGAGCAGAGGGUUGAAUUUUUGGCCCGUAUUUAUACGGCUCAUUUGGUGGUGAGCACCGAUGGCGGUGCGGCAGACAUCCAACCGGAGGUUCAGGUGAUGUCUUUCAAGCUACUGAAUGCGAUGCUGAAGCAGGUGGCCUUCCAAUUGACGCCGAGUAUUUUACUCAGCAUUUUAUUGGGUCUCACAUCGGAUUCGGCAGUGAUCCGGGAGUGUGCACUCAUCACGCUGGAUCUAAUCGCGACAAACGAGAGCUGCACUCAGCAUCCUGACCACAGGUCGUUCCUUAGAAAGCUUCUGAAACGCCGCGAUGAGCUUGCCAUGGAUGGGGAGCAGCUGGCCCUCGUGAUGUUCACAGUAUUCUCGCACGACAAAAGCAACUCUUUCGCAGGGAUUCUCAACGAGCUGCUGAGCGGAGCGGUUGACGCGGAGACUCCUGAAUACAUCGCCGGAGGAAUAUUGGAAAUUUUGAAGCUGCUAGAUGAUGAGACCAUCUUUGCUAGAACGGUUCCCCGUGGGGUUCGUAUUCUGCAGCAGGUAGAUAGAAGCCGAAGUUAUAUUUUCAGUGCGUACGAAACGAAGCUGCUGAAGCUGCUGAUUGCCAGGAUCAAUCCAAACACUGCGGCUAAUUUGAGACGGUCCGAACAGUGCCGAGAGUUUGUCCGCAUGGUGCUUCAGAGCCAUCAGCCGCUGAGAAGUGCCGAUCGUAAGCACAUUACCACAUCGAUUCUGAUGAUCGAAACCAUUUCCGAUGAGCUGUUUGAGACGUUUUCCUCGCCCUAUGCCGGAGCGGUGCUGCGAUUGGUGGUUCAGGCCGCUACGGUCGCGCAGAAUGCCGAAACCAAUGCCGCCGCCGGGAAGCUUUUCAAGGGCCUGAAACUGGAUGCCGCGUUGUUCCUGCAUUUGCUGGACGAUAUGAUGGUUCCACAGGGAAAGAAAAAGGAUAAAUCGAAAGCCGAAAGUGAGAACACAUUCUCCUUAGCGGAAUGGAAGCACGGGGUCACGCUCCUGGAACUUCUUCAGAACAAAAAGUCGCUCACCAAUCAUGCGUUGCUGGUCCCUAAGCUAUUCGAUGUGCUUCGGUUCUGUCUGGACUUCGAAGAGCAAUCGGGGCUGGAAUACGUCAAGCAGAUGAUCCUCUCGCUGCUGCUGCAUUGCUGCGCGAAAUGUGAAGAAGCUGGCGAGACGCGAACGCCGCUUCCGGCGAACGCCUUGAAGGUGGAACUGAUUGUGCAGUGCAUCCGGGGGACCCAAAACCCUCAAACGCAUCACCAUGCGCUGCUGCUGCUGGCCCAUGUGUCCUAUCUGGUACCCGAGCAGGUGCUGCACAAUAUGAUGGAGAUUUUCACCUUCAUGGGAUCUUCGAUCGUGAGACAUGAUGAUGUCUACAGCAUUCAGAUCAUUUCCAAGAUCAUAGAGACGAUCGUACCAACGCUGGCGUUGGAUCGGAAAUCUUCCGGGGAGAAAUCCCAGGACAAGGUGAUUGCCAUACUGAAAAUUUUUUCCGACGUAAUUUUGGACGUUCCGGAGCACCGUCGGGUUCCGCUGUACACAAAGCUGAUCCAAACGCUGGGCGCCUCCGACUAUCUGUGGAUGUUCUUGGGAGUUCUGUUGGAGUCGGACGUCAUGAAAGGGGGUCGAAAGUCUGAGCUUGAAUCCGAGGAAAAGACGAGAAGGAAGAAGCAUCGUAUCGAAUCGGAGCACUCCCCGAACUUCAGCAAACGUCUGGAAAUCGCCAUGAACAUUGUGCGCGAUUUUCCACCGAAAGUGAUUAUCGAAACCUGCACACGGUUGAUUCAAUACAUCCAGGAGCUUCCGGUGCAGAUCAGUUCGAAGAGAGAUCGAAUGGAAAUCGAUUUGACUCAAGGCGGGGAUUGCGAAAUCUUCGGGAUCGAGAAUCACUCAAAUAAGCAGCUGCGACAUUACAGAUAUUCCACGAGUUUGUUCGUCAGCACCCUCAUCCGAUCGACCCAGGUCAUCAACGCCAUAGCGUUGCUCGAUGACAAGCAAACCGAGGGUAUGAAGGUUUGCUACCGGGAUUUGAUCGUCAGUAGUCUGGCGUAUGUGAACGUAGUUUCGAAAGUGGUCGACAAAUCUCGCAGUGAUCGGGAUGAACGGGAGAACUCCUAUUGGGAGAUAUGCCUGACUAAGUGCUACGAAAUUUUGGAAGGCACCAUCUCACUGCUGGCCCCCGAUAUGAUGAUAACCGUGUUCGUAGGGCUGCUGAAACACAAAACACUGAUGAUUCGGUUGAAGGUGAUCGACAUUUUCAACAAAAAACUCCAAUACCAUCAGGAUUAUUUCGAUGAAUCGCACCAUCCGCGACUGUUGGAACUGCUGACCCCUCUGAUGCACAUCAUCAAAGGUAUUUUCAAAGAGGAAAAUGUGGUGGGAAGCAAUACCGGGCGAUUCAAGAUCGCCCAGGAAGCGUAUCUCACUUUCAAACAUCUCUCGAAGAUUUUGGCGCAUCAAAACCCCGUCCAAUUCAAAGAAGUUCUCAGCGGAAUGAUGCAAGAACUGCACGAUUAUAAGAAAAAUCCCAACUCGCAACUGUUGGCAUCGCUGAUCCUUUGCAUCGGAGAGGUGAGCGUAAAUAUCGGCGCCCAUUCGAUCCCAUUCCUACCGAAAUACAUCCCAAUGCUAACCAGGUUUAUCACACAUCAACUGCAAUCGGAAGAAGUGUUUGACAUUCUUACCAGCAGUAUCGUAACAUCCAUCCUCAAACUCAUUGACGCGCUAUCGCGCUUCCUCAGCCCCUAUCUGACAUCGAUCAUUGUGGGAACAUCCAAACUGCAGGCGAAACUUGGCACCACCGAAGAUCCCCGCCUGUCGAACAUUUCCAACAGACUCACCCAAAUAUGGGAGAAACUUGCGUCACUCAUUCCGCUCCGUCUGCUGGUGCCAGCUAUCGAAGAUAGCUACAACGAGCUGAUCAAAGCCGGUUCGCUGGACGCAAUCGGACCUCUGAUGCGACUACUCUCCAAUUCGUUUAACCACAUUCAAACCAACGAAUUUUCCUCCCUUCAAUCGGAGCUCUCGGAUUUCUUCCUCUCCGCGCUUCAAUUCCGUUGCGAUCAUGCCUCCGGCGGCGCGAAGCCGACUCCCCCCGGGUCGAUCGACCUCACCGAGGAGCACGUGAUCAAGGCCUUCGUUGUGCUGAUACUCAAACUCUCCGAAAGCACCUUCCGUCCACUGUACUACAAAGUGUUCGAGUGGGCCACCCGCGAUAACUCCAGCAACGAUCGCGCCAUCACCUUCUUCAAUCUGUCAAGUCACGCGGCGGACGCCCUGAAACAUCUGUUCGUCCUAUUUGCCAGCGAGUUGAUCACGAAUGCGGCGAAGCUGCUCGAAGCCACGAACGCCGGCAAAAUAGCCGCCGAAGACGAACUGUUUUUCUCCCAGCCGAAGAAGAACGUCACCCUCAUCCGGUACAUCCUGCGAACGUUGCUGAGUGUGCUCGUGCACGAUAAUCAGAACUUCAUCAACGCGAUCCGUUUCGACACGCUGAUGCAACCGAUCGUGGAUCAACUGGAAAAUAGUCUCGUCCUAGCGGAGGACGACGUUCGCCGAUUGGUGGUUGACUGUCUGUCCCAGUUGGUCGUUGCCGUGGCGGAUGACACGCUUUGGAGGCAACUCAACCACCAGGUGCUGCUGAAAACCAGAAACAACGAUCCGGAAAUAAGACUAUUCGCGCUGGAAGCCUGCACGGACAUCGUGCGCAGGAUCGGGGAGAAUUUUGCGCCGCUGUUGCCCGAAUCGAUACCAUUUUUGGCCGAACUGAUGGAGGACGAGAACCAAGCGGUGGAGCGGGCGGUCAAGAGGACGAUUCGGGAGGUGGAAAAGGUUACCGGCGAGCCGUUGCACAAGUAUCUGUGAGCGGUGGUGAUGCGCAGGGGGAACACAGUAGGCGUUGGGGUCAUGAGAGAAGACCGAGAUUGUUUGCAAAUAGUUAUUAGUUAUGUUUACUAAUGGCCUGAAAUACAAAUUAUUU